AUGACAAACCCUGUUGUGUAUUUGGACAUUGAAUUCGUAGGCGGAGCGCCGCCGUCCCGUCCAGGGGGAAACCGCGUUGUGCUGGAGCUGUACCAGGACAAGGUGCCAAAGACAGCUGACAACUUCCGAGCGUUGUGCACGGGCGAAAAGGGCACGGGCAAGUCGGGCGUGCCUCUCUCGUUCAAGGGCAGCAUUUUCCACCGAGUGAUCAAGAAUUUUAUGAUCCAGGGAGGCGACUUUACCAACUUUAACGGCACAGGUGGUGAAUCGAUUUACGGCGAAAAGUUUGAAGACGAGAACCUCGAGGGCAAACACGACCGGCCCUUUUUGCUCUCGAUGGCAAACGCUGGUCCUAACACAAAUGGAUCACAGUUUUUCAUUACGACGGUGCCUACGCCGCAUUUGGAUGGCAAGCACGUUGUGUUUGGCCAAGUGCUGCGUGGCAAGGACGUCGUGCGUCACAUCGAGCAGAGUGCCACCGGUCCGAAUGACCGGCCCCAGGAUGAUAUAAAGAUUGCCGAUUGCGGUGAAUUUAGUGCAGAGCAGCUGGCUGAUUCGUCGUUCCACUACGGUAUUGAAGCAGACGAAUCGGGCGACAACUACGAAGCGUACCCUGAAGACUCGGACCUGCCUCUCGAGGAAAAGCCUGAAUCGGCGCUUGACGUGGCCAAGGAUCUGAAGGCCAUCGGUGCUAAACUGGUUGGCCAGAAUAAGUGGUCUCUCGCACGCGAAAAGUAUGAAAAGGCCUUGCGAUACCUGUUCGUGAACCCGUACUUGGAGGACAAGGAAAAAGCGUUUGUCGAUGAGUACUACUCACUAUGCACACCAUUACAGCUCAAUGCAGCUUUGUGUGCUCUCAAGACGGAGCCCCCUGUAGCCGACGAGGCUGAAGCCCUCACGACGCAGGUGAUUGAGCGUGCUGGCACGAAAGAAGCCGAUCUCGCCAAGGCGCAUUUCCGUCGUGCUCUUGCGCGUUCAGCGAUGAAGCGCGAUGAUGACGCCAAGGCCGAUCUAUCCGAGGCGCUCAAGUAUGCGCCGAAUGACGCGGGCAUUCAAAAAGAAGCUGCAGCGCUGGAAAAGCGCCGCCAAGCGCGUCUCGCCAAGCAGCGUGCCGCCUACAGCAAAAUGUUUUCCUCCUAA